CAACCGCGGUCGGAAGGGCACGUCGCAGGGCGGCGAGGGCUGUUUCCCGACGGGACAGUCCCGCCGUCCGGCCUCUCCGCAGGGUGAGGAAGCCUCCUUUCCCGGCUCCGGUUAACCACUUCUAGAAACUGCGGGCUCCCGUUGCGAGCGAGAGGAGUAAAGUCGGCGGGAGCGGUCCCGGAUGCCCGUCUGGGGAGGUGGCAACAAGUGCGGGGCAUGUGGGAGGACCGUGUACCACGCCGAGGAGGUGCAGUGCGAUGGCCGGAGCUUCCACCGCUGCUGCUUCCUGUGCAGCACCAGCAUUUAAGGCGUCUGGACCUUUUUAUACAGCAACUGCUUUGCAGACGACCAGAAACAGACAACAGAGAGUUGCAGUUACGAAGAAUACAAAUACAACAUAUGAAUGUUUGCUAUUGGUUUGCAGGAAAAAUUUAGAUAGUACAACAGUGGCAAUUCACGAUGACGAGAUCUACUGCAAAUCCUGCUAUGGAAAGAAGUAUGGGCCGAAAGGCUACGGGUACGGCCAGGGCGCGGGCACACUCAACAUGGACCGGGGUGAGAGGCUGGGCAUCAAGCCCGAGAGCGUUCAACCUCACAGGCCUACGACAAAUCCAAACACUUCUAAAUUUGCUCAGAAAUACGGAGGUGCUGAGAAGUGUUCCAGAUGUGGGGAUUCUGUGUACGCUGCCGAGAAGAUCAUUGGAGCUGGAAAGCCCUGGCACAAAAACUGCUUCCGAUGUGCCAAGUGUGGGAAGAGUCUUGAGUCAACAACUCUGACUGAGAAAGAAGGUGAAAUCUAUUGUAAAGGAUGCUACGCGAAAAACUUUGGGCCCAAGGGAUUUGGCUAUGGCCAAGGAGCAGGAGCCCUUGUUCAUGCUCAGUAGAGGUGCAAACCCAGAACCAAGAUCACACACUGAGAAGCUCUACAUAAUCUAGGCACAGAUAAUCUAACACUAAACUACUGUGAAAUUCUACCAGUACUUAAGUACUGUAUGUUGCCCUGUACUUGGAUAGGCCAGCUGGCUAGUAGGAAGAGAGCACUAUAUCUUUUCGCUUUAUUCAUCAGCAUUUCAAGAACCAUUUCUUUUACAUUUUAAAUAAAACUUCAGCUUAA